UCCCUCCUUGUGCCAUCCUUCAUUGUCAGCCUAAGACUCCCACGCAUCUCCCGCCAACGAAUUCCGUAAAGCGGUCACACUAUCCCGCUGAGUGUGUUUUUCCCACCGAAUAGCGAGUCAGACCUUUGGGGUAUAAAAGGAGGGACGCGUCGCCAUCUUUCACCAGGUUCUCCUCCAGUUCCUACUACCUUUCUUCAUCAACAUGUUCUUCCUCACUGGUCUCGCUCUCCUCUUCACCGCAGGAUUCCACUUUGGUGCUGCCCAAGUGGAUAAUUGUGCUCGCAAUUACACUGUCCAUCUUGGUGACACCUGCGAUGCGAUUUCGGCUGCACAGAACUCUUCUAUCUAUCAGCUCGCCUCGGUGAACACUAACAUCAACGCUGGAUGUACUAACUUGGCUUUGGGCGAAAUCCUCUGCCUAGGCAUUACCGGCCAAGAUUGCAUGGACACCUACGUGAUUGUUUCAGGGGAUAACUGCGUUGCUAUUGCCGCUGCCGAGGGCACCACCUACGACAUUCUUUUGGCUAACAACCCCAACGUGGAUGCGACUUGUGCUAAUAUCUAUCUAGGAGAGGUGAGCUUAAGUUAUUGUGGGAUAUUCAUAUUGAGCUAACCUUGUCUAGGUCCUGUGCGUUGCGUCCGAAGAGGUGUAUGUGUAAGAUCAGCGACUCGGAGAUUCGAAAGAAUAAUUCCGAGCUGUCUAGAGAGGACCGUAAUUUUUUCUUAGUUAUAUACCAACCUUGAAUGAAUACUGCUGUCGUUACUAUGUUGAACGUGG